AACAAUUUCAAUUUUACCACUUCUGACAUUUCCUAUAAUCGCAAUAAUGGCGACAGCUCUGGAUGCCGAGGCCUGGAAGAGCCUUGACACUCUCAUCCGCAAGGCAUUAAAAGAGCGUGAGACAUAUCGAACGGGAACUCAGAAUGGUCGUACUAGGACUGCGGCUUGGAAACCCAUCGCACAACUCCUCGCCAAGUUCCCCGAAGGUACAUUCACCAAAAACGAUCACAGAGACAUCAUCAAUAUUGAUCCAUAUGGCAAAGAAGUCCUGACUGCGCUGACAGAAGGUAUCUGGGCUUUCAGCCUAGGUCCUGUGUUGGACGAUUUGGACUGUCCCCAGACUGCCACUGAUCUCUACUCAUACUUUGGCCAGGAUCUAUACCAAGUAUGGUACCAUUCUGAGCCCAGGGAUAAAAACAUUUGGGCAGCCCUGUUCCGCGAGGUGACGAAUGACGCUGCCGAUGAUAAUCUGAUUACGAAGGAUACCGCGGUGCGACAUGGUCUGGUCAAUUCACCGCGGGCUGCUAUGGGAGCACAUGCUUGGGUUAUUACAAACUCUAUGACUGGUAAUGAUGAGCAUGAGAAGAGGAUUGUGAAUAGUGCGAGACAGUUUUGGGAGAAGAGAUGUGGUCCAUUUGUUGUGUCUCAGAAUUAGCCUAUGACCUUGGCAAAGAUUCCCAGCUUUGGAGAGCCUUCGAGGGAUAUAGCGAAGUUGGUCGGCAUUUAGUUUAUGGCUGCAUUGCUGACUGAACAAGUCCUGCUAUUGCUCUUUAUCGACGUCUCUUCUCUUUAUCGACGUCUCUUCUCUUUAUCGACG